AUGGUGGGGAAGACAUACCUGCGGUACAUUGUUGGUCCGCAGGGAGGAGCGGUAGCAAGUAACGCAUCACUGGCGCUCUGCAGCGUCGUUGCGCCGUUCUCGUAUGCGGAUGCGUCCGCGCGCCCCGGCAGCCACGGCGGUAAUGGUGGAGGUGGUCGGAAUGGGCAGCGCACAGCUGUGGCGGGGGCCGUCGUAUUUGUUGCCAGCCUUGAGGCUGUGCGAGUCUAUUCCGUUCGUAGUGGGGCACUGCAGCACACGCUCAUACCGGCCGAGGCAAAGAUGCCUCUGGAGGUCACCGUCAUUCGUGUGCUGCCGCUGGAGUCUUCGACAACGGGGCGAAGUCAUCUGGAGCGGGAUGGGUGGAUACUGCUUGUUGGCUACCACAACGGCCACGUCGCCGUCUUUUCGUGCGGGCCCACGAACAACUAUGGCCUGCCCCUCUGCCGCUUCUACGCACUGGGGCACAAGGUGGACACAGCCGUCCUUGCCCUCGCCAUCGGCUCCCGGCGGGCGUAUAUGUGUAGCGGAGGUCAAGACACCGACCUCACCGUCUGGGACCUCAUGACGCAGGAGGCAUCUUUCCGCCUACGCGGCCACCGUGGAGGCGUUGUCGGCAUUGAGUUUGUCCCACGGAAGGAGGAGGACCGAUUGGUUGUGACAGGCGCUGCCGACGGGCUUGUGAAGGUGUGGGACAUUGCUCUCCGACAGUGUGUGCAGACGCUCGUCGCCUCCGACGCGCAGGUCUCAUCGCUGCGGAUGGACAGCGCGGGGCGCCGCCUCUACUGCGGGUUGCGAGAGAGCCAGCUGAAGGUGUUCAACACGGAGGCGCUACUGGCAGAGGACGCGUCGCGCGGGGAGGACGCGAUGGCGGAGGUGGUGGAACACGGGAGCAUCCAGCGCAAACUUCAGAAGCCUGUGACGUCCAUGUCGUUUUCGCACGAUGGGGCCUUCUUGCUGGCGUGCACGAGUAAAACAGUGGAGGUUUUCCGUGUGCUUACGCGAGAGGAGGUGCGGAGGAAAAUAUCCCGCAAGCGUAAGCGGCGUGCGGCGAGGAAUGAUGGUGCGGAGGGGGGCGAGGAGGAUGACUAUGAGGCGGUGGAGCCUGCAGAGGGAGAGGAGGUGGCUGGCCAGCACGAUGGGGGCAAACACGCUGCCAGGGGUCUGGCAGCUGGCGCCAACGCCGCACCGGCCACUGCAUCCGCGUCGGAGGAAGUAGUCCUCCUCCGUACCUUUUUUCUGGACCAGAAGGUGCGCAGUGCUUGUUUUAUUCCACAUGCCGGUAGCAGCGGCGGCGGCGGCAUGCGGGAUGCGGAUCGCCUGCAUAUCGCAGUGACGUUCAACAAUAACAACGUGUGCACCUACACCACCGCGCUGGCCACCACGGAGCUGGCAGGGGCCGCAACGUGGACGCUGGAGGACCUCAAGCCUCGUCACACGAUGGAGCAACAGGGCCAUCAAUCUGACAUCCGGCAGCUGACGUUUGUUGAGGACGACACCACACUCCUCUCGCUGGGCGCCGAGAAGGUGAUGAUGUGGAAUGUGUCACUCAAGCCGCAGUACGAUGACGUGGCGGCGGAAGGAGUGCACGAUUUUUACGACGCAAAGGAGGCGAACGUCCACCACGCCGACGCCACAGGGACGCUCACGUGCACCGGCCACGUCGCAGUGGAUGCAGCGGUCACCAUGGCCGCCAUCUCGGCAAGUCUCUGCUGUGUUGGGCUGCAGGAUGGAUCCAUCCUUCUUGUGGAUCCCCUGGCGUCGAACGUCAUCUUCACCGAGCCGGAAGUGCACGUGGGCGGCGUACGACACGUGGUGCGGCGACCCGACAGCAGUGGUUUUAUGUCCGUUGGAGCUGACCGUCGACUCAUCGUCUGGACACUUGCGUUACUCAAGGAUGCAGGCGAUGCGACGCGCAAAAAGAAACAGGUUAAUAACGAUAAUAAGGUUAAUAGCAACGCCGCGCCACAGCUGCUUCAGUCUAUGGAAAUAGAGCUGACAGAGGCUCCUCUGUUUCUCUCCUUAAGCCCAGAUAAUCGAUUUGUGGCCGUGGGUCUGCAGAACACAAACAUUCAGCUCUUCUUUGCAGACACCAUGAAGCCGUAUCUGUCGCUCUUUGGGCACAAACUCCCACCGACGGCUGUGGCCUUUUCCUCGGAUGGCACGCUUGUGGCCUCGGUGGGCAUGGACAAAUCCCUGCGUCUCUGGGGAACUGAUUUUGGUGAUUGCCACCGCGCGAUUCACGCACACGACGACUACGUGACACAGGUUGAGUUCCUGCAGGACACACACCAGCUGCUGACCGUCUCACUAGACGGCUCCGUGAAGCACUGGGAUGGGGAUAACUGGACAAUGAUUCAGAUGUUCCGACAGCAUCAGCGCGGGGUCUGGACGGUGGCGGCAACGGCAAACGGCACCUGCCUCGCCACCGCAGGGAUGGACAAGUGCAUUCGCUGCUUCCUCCGCACGCAGGACAUUGUCUUCCCGGCCGAGGAGGAGGAACGCAUGGCGCAGGAAGCCAUGGACGAGGAGGCUGCAAGGCGGGUGGCGAUGCAGACGCUUGAACAGCAGAAUCCGGAGGUUGCUGUGGCUGGACAGCUAACGACAGCCACUGCCGCCGCCGCCGAGAAACUUAUGGAGGCACUCGACCUUGUCAGCGUGGAAUUACAGCGCCGCGAAAACGCGGAGGACCUCACACCACCACACCCAUUGCUGGCAAACAAGACAGUCUGGGAGUAUCUCUGGUCCAUCAUUGAGAGUGUGCGCCCAAGUGAGGUGCGACACGCACUCUCCGCCCUUACAAGCACACAUGUUGACGCCCUGCUCACCUAUUUGGAGGCAAUGCUGCGUGAGCGGGCCGUGUUGAACUAUGAGAUUGCGGCGAAGAUCGUCCUCGCUCUCGUUGCGGCACCGCCUGGUCUUGCGGCCCUUGGCAACACCUCCCGCGCUGCCAUAGCUGGUGAGAUCUCCGAGGCACACGGUGCCCGCCGGCUUGCCGCGCUGCGUCGCAUGAUUGCAGAGGGGCUCGACCGCGCCGUGGGGCGCAUGGACUACAACAUCGCCGGAUUGCAGUUCUUGCGGCACACCAUUGAGGAGAAGGAAAAGACCCGCUUCUUUGACCUGAGCAAGAUCCAGGGCCAUAAGAAGAAGUACCACAGCCGCGCCCUUGCGGGCGACAGUGGCAGAAAGAAUAAGGAAUGA